GCGCUCCCGGAGCCCCGGCCGGAGCCCGCGCGCCCGGGUCCCCGAAGCGGGCCUGGGAGGGAAGGAGAGCGAGCGAGCGAAGGGCCUCGCUUCUCCCGGGGAUGGAGGGCAUGGAGGCGGCGGGCCGACCCGCCGGCGGCAGCCUUCAAGGACCCCAAAUAGGGAGUCGAACAGCCAGCUCCAUGGAGGUGACCUCAGUUGUGGAGAGAAGUGGCCCUGAGCCACAGCCAGAGAACGGACACCUCCCAAGACACUGGCCCUGUCCUCGAGAAGACAGGACACCCAGCCCCAUGGCUCCCCAGCCUCCCAGGGUGUGGGGGACACAGCUCCAAGGCCCCUCUGUGCUGGAGUCCAAGGUGAGGGCCUUGAAGGAGAAGAUGACAGGCAAACAGGGGGCAGGCCCCGGCCUCCCUUCUCAGGAGCGGCCAUCCCUCAAGAAACCCAAAGGCAGGCGCGUCAAGGUGGGUGGACCCAGGACCCCGGCAGAGGGGUCUUGCUUGCCCGAUGCUGGGAUGGCCCUCCAUGCUCAGAACCACGACGACAGGCCACUGGACGGCAGCGUCACUGAGGAGUCUGCCGGGAACGGGGGUGCCGGGCCCCCCCGGUCGCCUGCCCCUGGGCUCGAGUGCUGGAACAGGAGGAGCCCGCGGCCUCCAGAAGUGCUACGGCCCCUGCCUGACUGUGACAGGGCUCUGCUGCCAGGGCCUGGCUCUGGGCAAGAGAGCCCCAUGCACAGGGUCCCUGCAGGCCAGCCUGGGGGCCCGAGUUCCUGUCCCAAAACCACAUACAUGCCCAGCCCGAGGAAAGGAAGGCCAUACCCGCUGCAGGAUGGUCCAGUCACACAGGGAGACCUGGACAGCUCGUCUCCGACCUCUGAGGAGGACUUUGUCCCCAGGCCAGUCCCGCGGGGGGAGCUCUGGAGAGCCGGAGACCCUGGGCGCGGCACCUUGUCCCUGUCUGACCGUGUGGAGAGGAACCGCCUUCUGCUGCAGGAGAUGCUGAGUACUGGGGGGCAGGGCCCCUCCAAGGCGGGAACCCCAGCCUGGACUUCAUCCUGGGACGGCGCUGCGCCAGAGCGCUUGGCAGGGGACGUGAUCUGGGACUCCAGAAUCUGCCUGCAGGACGCGGCCCAGAGCAGGACCUUUGGUCCCAAGCCGGAGCCCGUGCUGAGCCCCAGGCAUGAGGAAGCCAAGCACCUGCUGCAGCGAGCCCGCAUGAAGGCCAGGACCCGGCCCGUCCGUGCCAGCCACGAUAUCGUGCCCACCCUUGCCCAGGGCAGCCGAGAUGGGCGGAAAAGCCCAGCCCUGGACCCGAGGAUGACCUUUGCCGGCAGAGACAACCUCCAGAAUGGGAACACGAGUGACUCCUCCAGCGGGGAGUCCAGCAGUGGGCAGCGGCCGAAGCGCAGCGCCUCCCCGUCGCACGUCCGCUUUGAGGAUGAGUCAGCCCGCGACGCCGAGUCCCGCUACCUGGAGCGGCUGCAGCAGCGCCAGCGCCAGGGGCUGAGCACCACGCUGCAGCCCGCCGACCAGGGUCCCCUGCGCUCCAAGCCCGACCUCGCCGACUACAUCUACGGGGGCUACUGGCGCCGCGACCCCGGCGCGGGGUCUCUCCACCCGCUGCUGAGUGGGCCGGAGCCCAGGGGUCUCCCGGUGCCACCGCCUGCUUGGGGCAGCGAGAGGAGGUGCCACGCCUGCGGCCACUGCAUCACCCCCGAUCUGGGGGUCCUUCGGGAGCCCAGAGCUGCGCACAGGAUGGAUGGGGUGUUGCCGCAGCCGCUCCUGUCGCGGGGCCUGAGCGCCACACUCGGGCUCCUCCCCACCGAGCCUGGGCUCCACACCGAGUGGAUCCGGGAGACACACAUCGGGGACCAGGCACGCGCCGAGGAGGUGGACUCGGCCUUGGACAGCACGGACACCUCCGACAGCUGCAGGACCGACAGUGAGGAGGCCGGGAGCACCCAGCCCAGCAGGGCCCGUGGGACCAGUCCUCGCGUGCGGGCCUCCAGGCCUCGUGGAGGCCACAGGUGGUUACGCAGGGCAGAAAGGGAGCCUCUCCUGGGUCCUCAGGCCCCUCACUACCUGCCUGGACCAGAGCUUGUGGAGGUGUCAGGUGAGGCCAUGGAAGGCACAGGACACACGCCUGAGGGGACCCUGCUCCCCAGAGAAGAUGCUGCCUCUAAGCCUCCUGCCCAAGACUCUAAGAGGGCUCCCCUGGGGUCCCAGGGGCAGCCUGGACCAGGGCUGGAGAAUCACUGGGCUCACCCGGAGGAUCCUUGGGCAGCCUGUGCUGUGGCCUCUUCCUCGGGGCCGGACCGGCAAGCCCAGGUUACAGAAAGCCACCAGAGCCACCCAGAGCCCUCUGCCCCCCGCCAGGCCCAGCAGCCAACCGCUCCCCUCCCCCCUGAAGGCUGGAAGCCUAUCCCUCCCUCUGCAAAGAAAACCACCUCUCACAGGAAGGCAGCCCUGGCUGGGCUUCGCAAGCGGGGUGACCAAGGAGAGCCUGCGGACAUCCGCCCGUCUCCUUCAAGAGGCGAAGUUCCCAGGACCUGUGAUAUCACCCCGCCACAGCCCCCACUCCGCAGCCCCCACGUCAGGCACCCACUGCAGGCCCUGGGCAACAAGAACUGCAACAGCACACCCCAGGGGCCACAGGAGCCCCAGGGAGGAAGCAUCCACAAGGUCCAGGGGCAGAAGGAGCCCGAAGCACCCCUGAAGGACUGCAGAGACGGAAGACGCCAGGGCUGCAGCUCAGCAGCUGUUAGCACCCUCAGCUCCGUGGGCAUGACCGUCCCCCUGGCCUCUGAGGAGCCAGGGUCCAGCCAGAAACCAGAGAGAGACCUGCAGAGGACAGAGCCGAGUUCCACAGGACAUGUGUCAUCCAGAGCACGGCCAGGGGUCAGAGCAGGGCCCGGCCCGCCCUCAGCUGCCCCUUCUGACAAGAGCAAGAAAAGCAGCAGCGGCGGCGGCAUCGCUUCCACCCUGGGGCUGAAAAAGCUCUUCUCGGCCCUGAGUCAGGGCCCGCGGCCCAAGCUGAGCAAGUCCCGCAGCUACAGUGUGGAACAGCUGCAGCCCCCUGCGCCCGGACCGGCUCCGCACACCAGCGCCCCCAGAGUGAGGAGGGCCCCGUCAUUACAGUCCCUGCGUCUGGUGUCGCCCUCUCGCCAACAUCGGAAAGCUGCCUCCCUUCAGAACCUCCAUUCUCUGCUGAGUGGCAAGGUGGACCGGGCCAACCUCUACCUGGUAGAGGAGCCAGGAAACCCCAGGGCAGCUGGCAGGCCAGCCAAGACGCCGUCCCGGCGUGCCCUCAGCGUGGAGGACGUGAGCGCCCCGGGCCUGGCUCGCACCGUGGGCCGCGUGAUGGAGGUGUUCUCAGAUGGCACGUGCCAGCUGCAGCUCCAGCGCUCCCCAGAGGGCACUUUUGGCUUCUGCGUGGCCUCUGGGAAUGGACGCCGGGACUCAGGGUUCUACGUGCAGGAGAUGGCGGACGAGAGCACGGCCAAGCUGUACGCGGGGCUGCUGGGGGUGGGGGAUGAGAUCCUCGAGGUGAACGGGGCCAAGGUUGCAGGGCUGGGCCUGGCCCACCUUAGGGAGCUCCUGGCCCACGCGGAGAGCUUGUCAAUCCGCGUGCUGAGGCAGAGGCCUGUGCCACGGUGACCCAGAGGUGCCUUUGCCCUCACGGUCACCCCCUUGGAAACCCUGAACCGCCCCCGGGGGGUGGCUGGGAAUGUGGCACACAAAGCUGCUUUGUCUGCUGAAAAUGAACGCGGUGGCACGUAACCCCUUGGGCUGUGGCAGGGCUUCUGUGAUCGGCCCUCCUAGGAGAGGAGGAGCCCGUGUGUGAAUUCUGUUUACGGAUGUUCAUUUAUGCAGAACCGGGGAGAAGAAUAUGGGUCCCCUGCCCUGACCAGGCCUGAGGUGGUGUCAGCGUCUUCCUGCACCUUUCUUGGCAGGGGGAGGAGAGAAGUUCCCAGGGGUCCUCUGGGUGGUCCCUGAGCAUCUCCUCACUCCUGGGUCCCCUCCCUCCAACUCCAGGACCAAAGAAAGUGCCUGGCAUAUUGGCCUCGAGCCUGCCUUUUUCAGUCUCAUUUCUCCCAGCUGCCAUUGGACGACACCUUUGCUCUUUUUUCCAGAAAUGGGCAGAGCAUCUUGGAGUAACAGCCUUACAGCCAUUGACCAUAGCGUCCAAACCAAAAAUUGGCACAUGUGGUCUGGUGUGAGCACAUCUGGGAGAUGUUAUCUAGUAGCCAGAAUAUUAAGAGUUUCUGGGAAGUCUUUGUGACGUGUAGGUUGAAGGGAAACCAUGAAACGGAGACCUCUUUCUGGUCAGCCCUGCCCUGCCCCCACUGCCCUGCCCUCUGCCUCUGUCUUCCUGCAGGCUGCAGCUGAUGCCAGGCUGUCCCCAGCCACAAGCUGUCUGCCCAGACUCCCUGAGGGUAGCCGUGGGUGGGCCACUGGCGGGGAGACGGCGGGGCAGGCGCAGGGGGGUGGGCUGUCCCACCUGGGCGCUUCCCACUCACGAAGGAUUGGGACUGUCUGGGAGUAGAUGGUUGUGUGUGUGUCUUAAAUUAUUAAAAAAGCAAGCUUCAAACUUC